AUGUCAUCAGUUUGGAAGACUCCCCGUGGAUCAGUGGCAAUGCCCGAGGUGGUGGUGAAAAUCAUCGGAAGUAAACACUUUCGAUACCUUGUGGAGAAGCCAAAGAUCAAAGAGAAUGAGAACUUGAAGGCAGCAACCCAAACAGUGCUCCAGGGAUCUGUGACUGGUAAUGCAGGGCAGAUGAGCGGAGACCCCUCAGCUGCUACUAAUCCCACUGACCAUCCGAUGGAUCAUGACCCAGAUGAUGCGGAGGAGAGCAAGCAUCUGGAGAAAAACCAGAACCCAGAGAACAACCAGAAACUCCUAACAGGAGCACUCAGUAGCAGAUUUCUGGAUGGCAAAAUUCCCAACCAGACAAAUGUCCAUUGCAGCUCUGUACCAACUGGAGACCAGUCCCUGUCCUAUAUCCAUGGCCUCCCCAGGAGAAACCUUAGAGACUGGUCCUUGGAACAGGUGGCAAAGGGCAGCUCUGACCAACCUGAGGAUAUUGACCAAAGGCCAGGUGGAACAACAGGAGAAGAACUUCUUGCCCUGGUCAGGAGUGAGCUCAAGUCACGGCCUCUGAGUCUCAGCUUAUUAGAGAAGCUUCAGAAAGAGCUGAAGAUCCUGGAUCCUACUUCUUCAGGAUUUCUUCUUCAAUCUCAGCUGAGCCGACUCUUCUUGAGGCAUGAAGUCCCUCUACAGUUACCAACCAUCAAGAUCCUUUGCCAGAGAUGUUCCAGGAGGGGCUCUCCUGAAAUGGUGAAUUAUGGAAAACUACUCUGGUUUUUAAAACUUGCAGCUUCAGAUGACCCACAGCAAAGCAAGAGGGUUGUGAACAGCAACCCGAGGAAAACUCAGGGUGGUUGCCAUCACAGCCAAAGCAAUACUGCCCCUCAAGACUCCGCUUCGCAGUCAGAAGUGAACAAGAGCCUGUUGGAGAUCUUGAAGAUGAUGCUAAGGACAAGCAAUGACAAACUCAACAUAGAGAACCUCAAUCUGAGUUUUCGCAAAGAAGAUCACUCGUUCUCUGGCCACCUGCCCCUCCACAAGGUCAGAGCUAUAUGUGGGAAACAUGGAUUAUAUCUGACUUUGAGCCUCCUGGAAACAUUGGUUAACCAUCAAGAUCUGGGUUACGAGGAUGAAAUAAAAUGGCGGAAUUUUGUCGAGUUGUUGAGCAGAGCUUCCUCUGACUUGGCGUCUGAUUUCCCUACAGGAGAGAAAGGAAAGGAAACCUCUGCCACUCCAGUGCAACCUGACAUUCCUGAGAGGUCUCAAGGCACAACUGAGCACGUGAAAACUCCAGAAGAGGAUCUGCAGCCAGAAAACCCUCCUGCUGAGACUUCAGCCCCCAAAGAUCCCCUGAGCUCUUUGAAGAUCAGGCCAGUCUCACAGCCUUCCGUGAGUCCAGUGAUGAAGAACGAGUCUGAAGAAUGGGAGACAUGGAUUCACAGAUUCAGGAAGCUAGAAAAUGCCCUCUACCUGUGUGAUCUGAGUAAUGCAGGGGUCCUGGAGAAGGACCGAGCCAGACGCCUCAUUCACAACUACAACCUCAUUUACAACCUGUCCCUGAGCCCUCGGAAGAUUGACCAGGCCUUGCGGAGAUUCUGUUCUGGAGGAACUAUGCUCCUGGAGCCAGCGCUUCAGUACUUAAAGGAGCUGUGA